AUGUCCUUCCAAGUGCCGCAGAAUGCGCCGUCGUUUUCGAGUUCACAAAGAUCACAAGAAGAUUCCUACUGGCGGUCGAAACAGAGUAAUGGCCAUACGACGAAAGGAGGCGUUGCGGAUGCAGUCACCUCGAAAAUCAACGACAUCUUCAGCGAGCAGCGAGACCUCCCCAUGUACAAAGACAAGCCACAUUUUCCAGCCAGUCGGCGGCCCUCGCUGCUGCAGAGGAAGAGGGUCCAGGGUCUGUUGGGCUUGACGGGAAUAUUCGUUCUUUGGUGGACCGGCUUCUUGUCUUUCGGUGGUCCCAAAGGGCAGUUUUUCGAUGCCGCGGAGCACCGACAUUUCGGCGAGGACUGGUCGGUGCAGAGGGAGGCGGUGAAGGAGGUCUUUCUAACAACCUGGGAGGGUUAUGAGAAAUAUGCAUGGGGUUUGGAUGAAUACCAUCCCCUGUCACGGAAGGGCAAAAACAUGGUUCAAGGCGGCAUGGGAUGGAUCAUUGUUGAUGCCCUGGACACGGCCAUUAUGAUGAACUUGACUUCUCAAGUUGCAACCGCGAGGGAGUGGAUCUCCACUUCACUCAACUAUAACGCAGACCAUGAUGUUAAUACUUUUGAAACGACCAUUCGAAUGCUUGGAGGAUUGUUGUCUGCCUACUAUCUAUCCACCAGCUUUCCGACUCUUGCACCUCAACGAGACGACGAUUUCAAUCAACCAGGGGAGGAUCUAUAUAUUGAAAAGGCCACUGAUCUGGCUGAUCGUCUGCUUGGAGCUUACGACUCUCCAUCAGGAAUACCAUACUCAUCCAUUAAUCUCAACACAUCUCAAGGCCUGAUCAACCACCUCGACAGCGGAGCCUCAUCCACAGCCGAGGCUGCAACCUUACAAUUGGAGAUGAAGUAUCUCUCCAAAGUCACUGGCGAGCCAGUCUACUGGGACCGAGCGGAACUUGUGAUCAAAGCAAUCGAGUCGCAAAAGCGGGAAGAUGGCUUACUCCCCAUUUUCAUCUACCCAGCUACUGGUGAAUUUCGGGGCGAUAACAUCCGUCUUGGAUCUCGAGGGGACAGCUACUACGAAUAUCUAAUCAAACAAUAUCUUCAGACCGGUGGUGUUGAGACAAUCUAUCAGGACAUGUGGGAGGAAGCAUUGGAGGGGGUCAAGAAACAUUUGAUUACAUACUCGGCCAAAUCGUCGCUAACUAUCCUUGCUGAGCGGCCCAGCGGCCUCCACGGCGUCUUGACUCCUAAAAUGGAUCACCUUGUAUGCUUCAUGCCGGGGACAAUCGCCCUCGCAGUCACUGGCGGACAGACUGUGGAGCAGGCAAAGAAAAGACUAGGCAGCAAAUGGAGCAAGAAAAACGACGAGGACCUGCAGCUCGCAGAAGAACUCAUGAAAACAUGCUGGGGCAUGUACAAAGUCACACCGACAGGUCUCGCGCCCGAAAUCUCUUACUUUCACGUCGACAACCCUCCCCGCCAAUGGCAGGGCCACCUCGAUGCGACAUGGACACAACCUGUAUCUGCAGAACUGUCUGACAAUCUCACAGCCGACUGGCGCUCCGACUACGACAUCCACGACAUGGACGUGCACAACCUUCAGCGGCCCGAGACCGUUGAGUCGCUCUUCUACAUGUGGCGCAUCACCAAGAAUCCGAAAUACCGCCAGUGGGGCUGGGAGAUGUUUGAAGCCUUCCGCGAACACACGAAAGUGGUCGACGAAGUGCACGGCAAGGUGUAUGCGUACAGCUCACUCGACACGGUGAUGGAGAACCCAGUAAAAGAGCGCAAGCGCCGCGACAACAUGGAGAGCUUCUGGCUCGCCGAGACGCUCAAAUACUUCUACCUGCUCUUCUCGGAGGACGACUUCUUCCCGCUCGAUAAAGUCGUCUUCAACACCGAAGCCCAUCCGCUACCUGUCUUCGACAUCACGGGCAGCAAAGUGUUCAAGACCGGUUGGCAACGCAGCAAGGGUCCUCCAACAUCCAAAAAUGCAGACUCGCACGGCACCGGAGAGGGGUCCAAAGAUGGGGACAAUUUCGUGCAGUUCGGCGACCGCCGCGUCGGAAACGGCGUCCGCUUCGACCAGAACGGGAAGCCCGUCGAGGCCAAGAAUUCCGGGCAUGACCACGACGACACGGUCGAGCACGGCCAUAUUGAAGAGAGCGGGCAGGGCAAAGUCCCUGGCGAGCACUCGGUCCUCGAGUCGAAUGACAAUCACGGCGAUAAUCGGAAGAAAGAUGACGGAGCAGGUGCGGCCGGGUUGGAGGAUUCCGCACCUUUGCAGAAUAGUCGUGCCGGCCGGUCGAAGCCGAGAACUGGGAAGGACAUGGAGAAGGAGGAUGAUGAAGCUGCUGCUGCCGCCGCCGCCGAUGAGGAGGAGAUGGUCGCGCAGCGCGGCUCGAUGAAGGGCGGUUGA